AUGGAACGCACCAAUCGGAACAUAAAAGGCAUACUUCAAGGUUUAUGUGAAACCCUUGAUGUAGAUCGCUGGGACGAAACACUCCCGCUGUGCAUGCUUGCCUAUUGUGCUUCACACCAUGGUACCACUGGAUACAGUCCAGCAUUUCUGACGUUCGGACGUGAGUUACGUCUACCCGUGGAGAUAGCAGUGCCAUCGUUGCCAAACCCUGUUGAGCACACGCUUGCCUAUACCCGAGAUCUUACAGAACGCCUUCAGCAAGCCUUCCAGCACGUUCGGGAACACGCCGGCCGAUUGCAGGCGCAACAGAAACGCGUUUACGAUCGUGAAAUUCACGGGAANACGUGGGAGACCGUGUAUGGCUACAUCGACCAAGGCCGCCGCAGUGCACUUCAACCAAGUUCCAUCCACCGUGGCAAGGUCCCUACGAAGUCGUUUUUCAGCGUUCUCCGACUGUCUACACCAUCCUCAAAAUCGGCUCCCGAAAUAACGAAACAAUAA